AUGACAAUAACGGAAGCAACUGAUAAUGAUAUCAAAUACGAGUUAUUAGGCUCGAGAAGUAAUGGUAACCUUAGUCUCAAUUAUGCAAUGAUUGAAAACAACUAUUAUUUAACUAAAACAGCAAUUAAUUCAAAUAUAGUCAAGCCUUCCAGCGAUACCACUACUGAAACCGGGUCAGACAAACCAAAGAAAGUAACGGCCGGUUCUCAACUACUGGUGCGCUGUUAUCACAAAUACGGAUGUUUUUCAAUAGCCGAACCAUUUCUGUCAAUCUAUAGACCCAUAAAUUUGUUUCCUAUUUCUCCUGAUUUAUUAAACGUUGAAUUCCUGUUAAAGACUCGUAAAAAUAUGGAAAGAUCUAAGAAAAUAGUUAAUAAAAAUGACGGAACUUAUGAUUUGCUUGAUUUUAGUCCAAAAAAUGAUUUAAAAAUCAUAAUUCAUGGAUAUUUAGAAAAUGGAUUUCAGUCGUGGAUCAAAGAUAUGUCAAUAGAGUUGUUGACAAAAAGUGAUUUCAAUGUGAUUUGUAUCGAUUGGAUAAUAGGCGCGACUCCGCCAUACACUCAGGCCGUGGCCAACGCUAGACUUGUCGGUGCAAUCAUUGCUCACUUUAUUAAAGACAUUCAAAGACAAUAUCCCGACUAUUUGUCGUCGAAAAUCCAUUUAAUAGGUCACAGUUUGGGCGCACAUAUUGCAGGCUAUGUCGGCAAACGGAUACCAGGAAUUGCAAGGAUUACUGGUUUAGAUCCGGCUGAGCCUUACUUUCAAAACACUGAUCCGAGGGUUCGCUUAGAUAAAAGCGAUGCUUUGUUUGUAGAUGUCAUACAUACCGAUGCUUCAAGUAUUAUAACCGGUGGAUUUGGUAUGAGUCAGGGCUGCGGACACAUCGACUUCUACCCCAAUGGAGGUCUAAAACAACCCGGUUGUAGUGAAACAUCACUCAAAACAGUCAUUGACUCGAUAGGCAAAGAAAGAAAUGUUAUCCACGGUAUCCGUAAAUUUAUUGGUUGUAAUCACAUCCGGGCUUUCCUUUUAUUUACUGAAUCAAUAAACACUGAUUGUCCAUUUAUGGCCUACCAGUGCUCCAGUUAUGAGGAAUUUGCUUCAGGCCUUUGCACUAAAGGCAAGAAUUCUUGUCUAUCAUUGAGUCGACAAUCAUUGGAUAACAAUAGUUAUGACAAUACAAGUACUUCAAUAGAUUGCUUUCAUUACUUACAAAUGGGAUUCAAUGCAUACAAUAGUUGGGUUCAACUCAAUAAUUAUAUUAAUUCAAAGCCAUUGUUAAUGAAAGAGUUGGGAGUAAAUAAAGGUCAUGAAGACACUGGCCAUAAGUUUUUCCUACAAACCAGUCAUAGAACUCCUUAUUGUUUCUUACAUUAUCACAUCCAACUGACUUUCAAAUCAGAUAUUAACACACACUUCCAAGAAAAAGGUCGUCUUUUUGUACAGUUAUUCGGUACCAAAGGAUCCACUCAAGUAAUAGACGCAACUAAAGAUACACCUUUGAGCGAUAAGGUUGAGUAUAUAAUAAGCGCCAGUGAUAUCGGAACCGUUAUUAGAGUGGAAAUACAGCUUAAGUACAGUCCAUCUCUUGUAAUAAACCCUUUGAGAUGGAGAUUAAGUGAUUCAAAUGAUUCAAAUCAAUUAUAUUUAAAUAAACUGAUUGUCGUUAAUCUGGAAAAUGGAUAUAAGUAUGGUAUGAUUUAA